CGCGUUAUAAAAGGAUGCACAUAGUAUAUAUAUUUACAGAAUAUGUGAGAUGUUACAGUUGACUGCCUAUCAAAAUAACGUUGCAUUUCGGUUCAUUAUUCCUCUCUAGUGUUAUCUUAGUCGACAAUGGAUUUGUUUAAAUUAUUUCAUCGAAAAUCGAAGCAUAAAGAUGACGUAUCUGAAAAUGAGAGAGAGAAGAAUGCGAAAGAAGAGAAUUCAAAAAAGUCUACUCUGAAGCACAAGCCAUCAGCUUCGUCGCUGAGCAGUGACGGUACUCCUGCAAAAUCAAAAAAGAAGAAAAAAUCCACUAAAGAUAUGAAGAAAAAAUCGUCUAAAAAUAAGAAACAGAGAACACAAAGAAAACGUGACGAUAGAACUCCGAAAGAUGUGUUUCCCAAAAGAAGCGUCAGCUCUCUUUCAAGAGCAUUGAAAGAUGAUGAAUGGCAAAAAUUGGCAUCAGCUUUGGGGUUCAUGGAACAGGCAAUAUCACACUUCACCGGACGAGCUAGUUCAUCUCAAAAUACUUACAGUCAAGCAAGUUUGAUGCUGAGAACAUGGAGAGAUCAGAUGCCGGUCAAUGAAAUUCUACCUCGUUUGUCAGAUGCGCUAAAACGUAUCAGACGACACGAUCUGGCUCUCAAAAUUGGACUGGAACUAGGAGUAAUCGCUGCAAGCGACUUCGAGGAGAAUGAAUAUGGAGUUUCGCCGAGCAUGCAAAGCAUUCUACGAACUAUUUCAUCUGAAGAUCGAUCUGGACCUCCGUAUUAUGAAAGCACUCUCAUAAUUAGUGACGAAAGAAUUAGUUUUCUAGCACGACAACUGCUCGCACGAGAGGAAUGGAAACGUCUUGCUUAUGCCAUUGGAUUCUUGCCACAUGAGGUUUCUCAGAUUAUUGCUUCUGCCAGCAGUUCACAAAACUUGUAUGCUCAGGCGCAUAUGAUGUUGAUGCGAUGGCGCUUACGUACGCCACCAAACGAAAUCGUUCCUCGAUUGAAAGCUGGAUUCAUACGCAUACGACGUCACGACUUGGUUGAUCUUCUUCGCAUUGGUGCCAUAGCUGGAUCCGAUGAUAUCUUAGAACUUUUGAACGAACAACUUCGAGAGUCAAAAGAAAAACCAGACAGUUUUGGUGCAAUGAUCGCCAAAAGUUUUUCAGCUUUGACUAAAUGAGCACUAUUCAUUCGUGCGCCAAUGUUUAUUACCAAUUAUUUGACAUGAUAUAUAUAUGUAAACACACUGUUGCAACUCACAUAGAAUAUGUGCAUAAAAUAUUGUUUAUCUGAACAUUGUAAUAUAUAAUUCUAUAAAAUAAAUAAAGCAAUUAGCAUUGCUGACAUUACUUUAAUAAAUAUUAAAGUUUUGAAUCGUUGCAUUUUAUUUGAGUGUUUGCUGGUUGCCUUUAGUAGAACCAGCAUAUAUAAUGAAAAUAUAAUAAGCACUUUUGUUU